UGAAAAGAAAAAGCAGUGUGCAUAAAUCCAUUUGAUAUUAUGUUAGGUUAUCAAAUUCUUCGUCGAUUAUGUGGCUUUUUUUAAUUACUGCUGUUUUUUUACAUGGUUUCAUAGUGAACAGUAUAGAUAUUCCUUCUUUACCAUAUUGUCCUGAUGAAAGAGAACCAGGUUUGGCAAUUGUCAGCACCUUAGAUGGGAAAGUAUCAGUUUUAAAUUCCACUGGAUCUCUAGUUUGGGUAACAGAUACAGGACCUGGUCCUUUGUUGAUGUCCAACAUACAUAAACUGGAGCUAACUAAUAUUGGUGAAUGGGUCAGGAUAAUUCCUUCACUUUCAGGAACCUUAUAUAAGUUUGAUGGAGUGACUGUAGAUCCAAUACCAAUAACUGUUGAAAAACUCCUCAAAGCAUCUUUUCGUUAUUCUGAUGAUCUUGUGAUAGCAGGUGGAAUUGAAAUAAGAACAUAUGGAGUUGGGUUUCAUUCUGGAACUCUAAUUUAUGAGUGUACUUCAUUAAAAUGCUCCAAUAGAGACGAAGGAGAAGUAGUUGACGAUGUGCUGUUGAUCGAAAGGAGCACGCAUACCAUACGAGCAGUAGAACCAAGAACAGGCCAUGAAAGAUGGAACUUCAGUGUGGGAUUACACAACAUCAAGCUGCCUAAAAUCAGUUGUAUAAAUCCGUAUAUGCAGUCCUAUGAUUGGAACUUGACGGCUGUGUUACCUGAAGGAAAACUCAGAGCAUCCAUAAGACAUGAAAAUAUGGAAGACAGUUGGACUCACAUAUUCCCUUCUCCCAUUGUGAGAGUUUGGAAAUGGAAUGGAAAAAAUAUCUCAGAAAUUGACCUUUUUGCAGUGGAAAAUGUACCAGGAGUUGUCUCAUCCGGUUUGUCAUGGCCUUCUAUUUAUAUUGGAAUGCACAAUAAACAGUUAUACAUUCAUGAAUCUGCCUACUACAAACGAAACGGCUUACGUGGCAUAACAGGUUCUGAAGUAGAAGUCACAGAAAGUACGAGUAUCGCUAAAAUACCUUGGAAACCAAUUCCUGCUUCUACGGAGACUACUGAAGAUGAUUCCACUGCAUUGUCUGUUUUGAACGCAUCAGAAUAUGUGAAUGGACUCGGCUUUUAUCUGUAUACAGAAUCUGAUCAGAACCAACAAGAUCCCCUGCUGUGUGCAUCAAAUCACAGCACUGUCAAUGAGCCAGAUAAUUGGACAACAUAUGAAACAGAUCCUCCCACUGGAAUAUAUAUUUUGUUUUGGUGGUGGCGUGAGGUAGCUCUCAUGUUGAUCACCGUAAUAAUUUUUCGCGUUCUAUUUCAAGUUUAUCAUCAGCAGAGACACAAAAGAGAAAUAAUCUUGAUUGAAAAAGCGGUAGAAGCUGCUCGACAGUUCACAGAAAGGAGAAUAUCUGAGAAAGAAGGUGAAAUGUUUGUCUCACGAUACACAAACGACUUCGACACAUUGAGAUGUCUCGGCAAAGGUGGAUUUGGCGUGGUAUUCGAAGUCAAACAGAAAAUUGACGAGUGCUAUUAUGCUAUAAAGAGAAUCACGCUACCCAAUGAGACCAAGUCUAGAGAAAGAGUUAUGAGGGAAGUGAAAGCUCUAGCUAAACUGGAACAUAAAAACAUUGUGAGAUACUUUUGCUCUUGGGUCGAACAUCCUCCAUUGGGAUGGCAGCAGGAAUAUGAUGGAAAGUGGAUUGGAGACAAGCAGUUCGAGAACCGGGAUAUUUCUUUUUCUUCAACGACCAAUGAAAAAAUGAAACAACGGAGCAAGUCUGUGUCGAUAGGUGUGGAUUUUCCUACCCCAUCGACACCUAUCAGAUUCGCCGAAAAAGUGCCUGACAUGUUUGAUGAUGGCGUGGACAACAAGAAUGUCGACGAUGAUUCAUACAUUGUCUUUGAGAACCCUACAGACUCUGAUUCUGAAAACACGAGGAAUACGCCAACCGAGAGGAUUGAUUCUACUGGCCGUGGCACUUUUGACGGUCCGUCCGACCACUUGAAGAAAAAAAUUGACUGGAAGAGACCAGGAAGAAAACAUCACUCAUGGGACUUGACGCAAAAUGAUUGUGUGAAAGCUUUGGAUCGAAAUAAUCCCCCCAUUUUUUUGUACAUACAGAUGCAACUGUGCCAGAAAGAGAGUUUAAAAGAUUGGCUCGCCCAUAAUCUUGACAGAGAGUUCAAAGUAAUUUUACAAAUAUUCUCCCAGAUACUGGAAGCUGUUGAAUAUGUCCAUUUGAGAGGACUCAUCCACAGGGAUUUGAAGCCAAGCAAUAUAUUUUUCUCUCUGGAAGGACAGAUCAAAGUAGGCGAUUUUGGUCUGGUUAAAGAUAUGGAAGAUGCUUUUGAUAUGGAACAGAUGAAAAAGGGAUCAUCAUCAUCAUAUCGUGGGCAUACAGUUGAAGUGGGUACUCAUUUGUAUAUGAGUCCUGAACAAUUCAAAAGUCGAAUUUAUGACUACAAAGUGGACAUUUAUUCGUUGGGACUGAUAUUUUUUGAGAUGCUUGUGCCAUUUUCCACGGAAAUGGAACGGAUUAAAAUGUUGACCAAUGUGAAAUACAAUAUAUUUCCUGACAAUUUUGACGAAUGUUAUCCAAAUGAGUAUAAUCUACUGAAACAUAUGCUGUGUGAUGAUCCAAGGAAACGUUUGACAACAAUUGGAAUAAAGGCGAGGCCUCCUUUCAAUAACAAAGAUUCUGGUUACAGUGAAGAGUGCCAUUAUCGAUUGAACGAUCUCCACAAAAGUUGAUCGAUUUUUUUUGAAAACUCAAUUGCAUUUCAGAUGCAAUAAAAAUGGAGGAUUGUAGAACCUGUGAUUUCAUUUGGUGUUUUACUUACCAACUUCUUGAAGAUGUCCGACGGACAUUCUCUCUGUAUUUGAUUCAUGCUAUAUUGGCCGUAAGGAGAAAAAUCGUGAUAUUUUAGUGUAUCACCAAACAUUUGGUUUGAAAAUGUCUUCAUCAUCAAAUCAAUCAUUCUCUCAGAUUGAUAAAUUGAAUGUAUUUCUCUCCCAUAUCCUUCAAAAUGAAAAUGUGUAAUUCCUUCUCGGAUACUUUGAGGAUUCCCAAUAUAUGCAAGUUUUUC